UGACUUUUUUACAAGCAAUGACAAUAAUAAUAAGUCUGAAGAUUUGUGUGAGAAGAUUAAAAUGCUAGAAAAAGAAGUAAUCCAAAUGAAUAAGCACAUACUAUGUUUUAAAUCAAAAUUACGUGUUGAAAUGGAUAUCAAUGAGGAACUGGCAAAAGAAAAUGAUGAACUAGCAAAAGAAAAUUAUGAAUUGAAAAAGCAACUAUUAAGUU